CCGAAGAGAAAAGGAAAAAAAACGCAGAAAACCCUUGUACGCAUGCGCUAUAUUUUUUGCAUUGCAUUCUGGUUCUUGUAGUCCAUUUUUGGUUCAUUGUUGUCUCUGCAGGUCCCUGGUACUCUGCCACUACGAUGUCUUCAGGCGGCACAGCCGUGCAAGCAGCAGAAAAUGGAAAUGGAGUUUCAGGAAACCAGAGGAUACCGUGUCCGUUAUACGGAUGUAAGCGGGUCUACACCGACAGGACUAGUCUGGAGAGACACGUCAAAGACCAUGAGAUGCCAGCUCAGUCCCUUCCUGGAAAAGUCUUGCUCUGCUCCACUGUCGGCUGCAGUGGUUCAUUCCCCAACAUGCAGAAACUGAUGGAACAUAUGAGGCAUCAUCACAAACCCAACAUAUUCUUCCUGUGUGAGAGCUGUCGCACAAAGCUGCGAUCCUACCGCGGCCUCCUGACUCACCUGCACACCUGUUCCAAAGUGCCACGGGGAAAAACAAAGGCUGAACUGACAUCCCCUCAACCUGCUGCGGGGACAAACCCAAACAUGACCCCCAUGGCCAUGGAGGUGAACCCUGCACAGCCGGAUGCAGUGUCUACACAGCAGCAACUACCCUCUCAGACCACACACCCAGAUGGUUCCUUCCCUGCUGCUGUUCCUCAGCCAGACUCUGCUGCUCCCCCCAGCUUGUUUAAACAGGAGGCCUCCUCUCCACAGCUCACAGAGGCAGCUCAGCCUGACAGACCAACAGCAGCUCCCGGGCCCCCUGAUUCCCCGGCUCAGCACCAGCCACAAACCAGGUCUCCUGAGCCCCCCCCUCCUCCUCCUCCAGCAUCAGCCUCUCACUCUCCACCAGGGUCUGCAGCUAUGUGGAAGAAGAAUCAAGGUAUGGCCUGCAACAGACGCAUCCUUUGGGAGCACACUAAAGGCCGCUACACUUGUGUACAGUGCGGCUACACAGCAACCAACCGCAAGGACAUGACUCAACAUAUCAACACUCAACACAACAGUAACAAACCUGCAGAAGACACCAGGAGCUCUGUUACCAACACAUAGCGAGGAGCAGAAGUUUUGGAAGCAAAUGUCUCAUCUUCUGUUGAUAGAUGUUUCAGACAAACACUGACUGAAGGUUUGUGUGUAAUACACAUUUAUAUUGAGUCUGCAGCAAUGGGUAAUACUCUAUACAUUUCCCCAAAGCUUUUAAUAAAUAAGGUUUUGGAUGCUGCUCCCUUGGCACAUCUCCAACUUUCCAUCAGAGAUCAGACUGCUGGCUCACUCACUGCCUCCACACUGUCCUUUUCUCACCUUUAGGAUAGUCCAUUACUGCUACCACUAUUCUUUUAAUGGCUUGUUGUACUGUAGAAGAAUUGAUGUCAUUCAUUCAAGCUUGAUGCUGCAGAUGGGCAUUGAUGCAGGAUGCAGUCACUGAUGUGAAGGGAAUACUUCGGUCUGAAACUGGUCAAAUUUAGAGGAUCAUCCCAGGAUAACUGCUGAAAGCUACAGGAUAACUGCUGAAAGCUGCAGGAUAACUGCUGAAAGCUACAGUCUGGCAUGAAAAUCUUAUAAUGUAAUUGCUUUAAAAUAAAACAAACUACUUUAACUUUUUGUUCAGGUUGGAAACAGUCACUGCUUUGAUCGCUGUUGGUUUCGUAGAGAAGAUUCAGAAUUGAACAGUACUGUUGUUAUGCAUGAGAUGGACGGUAAAUUUCUAUUGCAUUGGAUUGUGUAAGUGUUCUUUUAGAUGUUCAGUGUCCCUUCAAACGCUCUACUUGAAUAAAAUGUGUCUUCAUGUUUCA